ACAAUGCCCCCAAUGCACACUUUGUUAAAAACCUACUGUAUUUUCUCAAAUAUAGUAGGUCAGAUCUAUAACAAAUAUAUCUGAAAUGCCACAUAAAAUCAUUCCUAAAUAACAACCUUGCCGACAUUAUUGGAUACUCUUCUAUCAACAGUCUUCACUUCACUCCCCCCCAUUUAUAAUUUGGUAAAAAAAAAUUCUCUACAUAAUUUGUUCUUCUUCUUCUAGGUUCUGCAUUUUGUUUAUUUGAGUGAAAAAAAUGUCCAUGAAGGAUAAAGAUUCAGAAAAAAUCAUCUGGGAUCAAAUGAGAAGCACUUCGAUUCUUACCUUGCCAAAAUUCAUGGCAUGGCUAAUACUCUUCACAUCAGCCAUUUAUGUUAUCACUACUCAUAAGUUCCUUUCCUCCUCGACAUCUUGUAACGACAUUUUCAUCACCCGUAGCAAUAUUAUUUUGCCUAUUCACUCAAAAACCAACAUUUCAACUUCUUCAAAUGCUUCAAUUGUUGAUCAUAAAACACGAUUUUUACAAGAAAAAGGAGUGGAAAAAACUGGAUUAGAGCAUGUAGUUUUUGGAAUUGCAGCUUCAUCUAAGCUUUGGGACAAAAGGAAAGAGUAUAUUAAGCUAUGGUGGAAGCCUGAGAAGAAAAUGAGAGGUAUUGUUUGGUUGGAUAAUUCCGUGAAAAUGGAGAAAAAUGAAAGUAAAUCACUACCUGAAUUAAGAAUUUCAGGGGAUGCUUCCCAUUUUGUAUAUAAUAACAAGCAGGGGCAUCGAUCUGCUAUUCGAAUUUCGAGGAUUAUAUCGGAGACAUUGAGAUUAGGGAAGGAAAAUGUGAGGUGGUUUGUGAUGGGCGAUGAUGAUACUGUUUUCUUGACGGAUAAUUUGUUGAGAAUUUUGAAUAAGUAUGAUCAUGAUCAGUAUUAUUAUAUUGGGAGUUUGAGUGAGAGUCAUUUGCAGAAUAUUUAUUUUUCUUAUAGUAUGGCUUAUGGUGGUGGUGGUUUUGCUAUUAGUUAUCCUUUAGCUAAAGCUAUUGAUAAAAUGCAAGAUAGGUGUAUUCAAAGGUACCCAGGACUUUAUGGUUCUGAUGAUAGAAUGCAGGCUUGUAUGGCUGAAUUGGGUGUCCCGCUUACGAAAGAAGUCGGUUUUCAUCAGUAUGAUGUGUACGGGAACUUAUUCGGGCUACUAGCUUCACAUCCCGUAACACCAUUAGUGUCGUUACACCAUCUUGAUGUGGUGGAGCCAAUCUUUCCCAAUGUCACUCAACUGCAGGCUUUAAAGCAUCUCACAGUACCAAUGAAGCUCGAUUCGGCUGGUAUUAUGCAACAAUCCAUUUGCUAUGACAAAGUUAACAGUUGGACUAUUUCAGUGUCAUGGGGAUUUGCAGUUCAAAUAUUUCGUGGAGUUCUCUCUCCACGUGAAAUAGAAAUGCCAUCGAGGACCUUCUUGAAUUGGUACAGAAGAGCGGAUUAUACUGCUUACGCUUUUAACACAAGGCCUGUUAUGCGUAACCCGUGUCAAAAGUCUUUCGUAUUUUACAUGUCAAGCGCUAAAAUGGAUUCUUACAGCAACCAAACUCUGACUCAGUAUACUCGUCAUCGAGUUCCUCAUCCACUAUGCAGAUGGAAAAUGGCAAAUCCUGCUAAUAUUGAGAGAAUUCAGGUUUAUAAGAAGCCUGACCCCCAUCUAUGGGAUAGGUCUCCAAGGAGGAAUUGCUGCAGAGUGUUAAGCUCAAAGAAGAAAAGCAUGGUGGUGGAUGUAGGUGUCUGUAGGGAAGAUGAAGUCAGUGAAGUAUGAUGAUGAAUAAUUUAUGAGCCCACCCAAUUAAUUGUCACCUGUAUUUCUUCAUUUAUUGAAUAUAAUCUAAGGAAAAUUUUCCAAGAAAAUUUUCUUAUAUCUUCUAAGUUCCACUUAAUGUCCCCAGGGUAAAGGUGUGAGAUAAUGUAGCAUAGUUUUUAUGUAACUUUUUAAUAAUAUUAAUUCAUUUCUUGGUAC